UGUUUCCUCAACUUUUGCAAGGAACUGGUUCAUCUGCACCUGUCCAUCCCUGUGAUUGACCUUGGACUCUUAUUACUGAAAGAGGAGUGCCUCGCUUCGGAGAUCAGUGACCUGCAAUCCACAAGGGUGCCACGGCGAGCCUGGCAUGGCCGGAGGUAUAUGUGUUACUCUGCUGCUCCUGCUCAGUGCCAUAACCGCAGGAAGCAGGAAAAGCUUGAGAAGGCGUGGGCAGCAGCUGGUACCCAGCAGCCGGGAGCGGACGGACGGGGGCGGGGAGAGCUUCCCAUUGGAUUUUACUGCCGUAGAAGGAAACAUGGACAAUUUCAUGGCUCAGAUCAAAAACCUGGCCCAGUCGCUGUACCCGUGUUCAGCCCAGCGGCUGGAUGAGGAGAUGAAGUUGAAUCUUUUGCACAACCAGUCCAUUACCUGCAAUGACGGGAGCCCAGCCGGUUACUACCUAAAAGAGUCCAAAGGGAGUCGGCGGUGGCUCGUCUUCUUGGAAGGUGGCUGGUAUUGCAUCAACCGGGAGAACUGUGACUUGCGCUAUGACACCAUGAGGAGACUCAUGAGCUCAAAAGGGUGGCCGGCCACGAAAACUGCUUCAGGGAUUUUGUCAACCCAGCCGGAGGAGAAUCCACAUUGGUGGAACGCCAAUAUGGUAUUCAUCCCCUAUUGUUCCAGCGAUGUCUGGAGCGGAGCCACUCCGAAAUCUGAGAAAAGUGAAUAUGCCUUUAUGGGGUCCCUCAUCAUACAGGAGGUGGUGAAGGAAUUGCUGGGGAAAGGUCUGGACACGGCUAAAGUUCUCUUAUUGGCUGGAAGCAGUGCUGGCGGUACCGGGGUCCUGCUGAAUGUGGAUCUGGUGGCGGAGCAGUUGGAGGAACUGGGCUAUCCUGGGAUCCAGGUUCGAGGCCUCUCAGACUCUGGAUGGUUCCUUGAUAACCAGCAAUACAAGAGGACGGACUGUACGGAUAUCAUCACUUGUGCCCCUACGGAAGCCAUUCAGCGAGGAAUAAGGUAUUGGAAUGGAGUCGUUCCGGAGAGGUGCAAGCAGCAGUUUAAAGAAGAAGAAUGGAACUGCUUCUUUGGCUAUAAGAUCUACCCGACCCUAAGAAGUCCAGUGUUCGUGGUCCAGUGGUUGUUUGAUGAGGCUCAGCUGACGGUGGACAACGUACAUCUGAGUGGGCAGCCGGUGCAAGAGAACCAAUGGAAUUAUAUCCAAAAUUUGGGUCGGGAGCUGAGGAACACUCUGAAGGAUGUUGGGGCGAGCUUCGCUCCGGCGUGUCUGGCUCAUGAGAUUAUUACACGGAGUCACUGGACAGAAGUUCAGGUUCGCGGUACCUCUCUCCCCCGCGCUCUGCACUGUUGGGACCGUAGCCUUCAAGAAAACAACAAGAACAGCAAGACUCCUUUAAAGGGUUGCCCCUACCACUUAAUGGACAGCUGCCCCUGGCCACAAUGUAACCCCACCUGCCCCUCCAUCCGGGACCACUACACGGGUCAAGAGAUGAGUGUGGUCCAGUUCCUCAUGCACCUUGGUUUUGAUGUUCAGAAAAUGGCCAGUCAGCAAGGCAUGGAGCCAAGCAAGCUGCUGGGAGUGCUGAGCAGCUAGUGACGGGGGCAAAAAGGCCAUUAUUCAGGAGGGGAGUGGGGCUUAUAUUUAUGGGAGGGGCUCUUUUAACUCAAACAGUGAAGGAGCAACUUAAAGGGCUGGUAAACCGACAUAACAAAACGCAAUGACCAAUAUCUCAAAUGUACGCAUAGGUGAACUCUCACAAACUGGCGGGUCUUUUACACAGCAUACAUGUGUAUUUGGGGUUUAUCUGUCCUUUUAAGGAAAGUUGGGGGGG